GGACUCUGCGCUGCCCGGGCUCCGGCUCCGGCUCCGGCGGCGGCGGCGGCGCGGCCGUGCGGGCGGAGGCGGGGACGCCGCGGCUGCCGGGGGGAAGCGGCGCGGGCGGCGGCGGCGGCGGCGGCGGCGGCGGCCCCGCGCCGGGCGGGCGGCGGAGCGGCGGAUCGGAGCGGCGGAGCGGCGCGGCGCGGCGCGGCACGGCCAUGCUGCUGGACGCCGGCCCGCAGUUCCCGGCGCUCGGCGUGGGCACCUUCGCCCGGCACCACCACUCGGCCGCGGCCGAGAUGCAGGAGCGGGAGCUGAGCCUGGCGGCGCAGAACGGCUUCGUGGACUCGGCGCACAUGGGCGCCUUCAAGCUGAACGCCGGAGCCCACGAGCUGUCCCCGGGGCAGAGCUCGGCGUUCACCUCGCAGGCGCCCGGCUACCCCGCGGCCGCGCUGGGGCCGCACGCCGCGCACGUCGGCUCGUACUCGGGGCCGCCCUUCAACUCCACCCGGGACUUCUUGUUUCGCAGCCGCGGCUUCGGGGAGGCGGCGGCGGGCGGCGGGCAGCACGGCAUCUUCGGGCCGGCGGCCGGCGGCCUGCACCACCCGCACACGGACGCUCAGAGCCACCUCCUGUUCCCCGGCAUCCACGAGCAGCACGGCCCGCACGCCUCGCAGAACGUCCUCAACGGGCAGAUGCGGCUGGGGCUGCCCGGGGAGGUGUUCGCCCGCUCCGAGCAGUACCGCCAGGUCGCCAGCCCCAGGACUGACCCCUACGCGGCGGCGCAGCUGCACAACCAGUACGGCCCCAUGAAUAUGAACGUGGGCAUGAACGUGGCGGCCCACCACCACCACCACCCCGGUGCCUUUUUCCGCUACAUGCGGCAGCAGUGCAUCAAGCAGGAGCUGAUCUGCAAGUGGAUCGACCCCGAGCAGCUGAGCAACCCCAAAAAAAGUUGCAAUAAAACUUUCAGCACCAUGCACGAGCUGGUCACCCACGUCUCGGUGGAGCACGUCGGGGGGCCCGAGCAGAGCAACCACGUCUGCUACUGGGAGGAGUGUCCCCGCGAGGGCAAGCCCUUCAAGGCCAAGUACAAACUGGUCAACCACAUCCGCGUGCACACGGGCGAGAAGCCCUUCCCCUGCCCCUUCCCCGGCUGCGGGAAGGUCUUCGCCAGGUCGGAGAACCUCAAGAUCCACAAACGGACGCACACAGGGGAGAAGCCCUUCCAGUGCGAGUUCGAGGGCUGCGACCGGCGCUUCGCCAACAGCAGCGACCGCAAGAAGCACAUGCACGUGCACACGUCGGACAAGCCGUACCUGUGCAAGAUGUGCGACAAGUCCUACACGCACCCCAGCUCCCUGCGGAAGCACAUGAAGGUGCACGAGUCGUCCCCGCAAGGCUCCGAGUCCUCGCCGGCCGCCAGCUCCGGCUACGAGUCCUCCACGCCCCCGGGGCUGGUGUCCCCCAGCGCCGAGCCGCAGAGCUCCACCAAUCUCUCCCCGGCGGCGGCGGCCGCGGCCGCGGCGGCGGCGGCGGCGGCCGUGACCGCCGCGCACCGGAGCGGCGGCGGCGGAGGAGGAGGAGGGAGCGGCGGCGGCGGCGGCGGCGGCCACGGCGGCCUCUCCUCCAACUUCAACGAGUGGUACGUGUAGGGCCGCCGGACUGCUCUGCGGCCCCGCCGCCGCCGCCGCCGCCGCCGCCGCCCAUCCCGGGCCGGAGGAAGCGCUCCCGGAGCCCGCUCCGCACGGAGCUCCCCGCGCCGCCGCCGGCCCGCGGCCGUCUGUCGGAAUCGUUUCUGUUCGGUUUUGGUUUUUUUUUUUUUUUCUUUUUUUUUUUUUUUUUAAAUUCCUCUUAUUAUUUACGAACGCUUUAAACCGGCCAAAAAAAAAAAAAAAAAAAAGGAAAAAAAAAAAAAAAAAGAAAUUCCUAUGUAAGUGCGUGCUGGGAAACGCGAGGGAACAACUCACGAAAGAGAGGAACGGAAAGGAGAAGAAGAAGAAGAAGAAGAAGAAGAGGGGGGAUAAACCGACGCGACGCGGCGCCCGGCGGAAGGCCCCGGGGCGGCGGACAAAGCAGCGCCGCGGCCCGGCCGGCCCUGCAGAGCCCUCCUCUCCCUCCUCCUUCGAUUUCCCUCCGAAGAAGCGAAGGACUUUGUUUCUUUUCUUCCUCACCCCCCCUCUUUUUAUUUUUUUUUUAGAUCGCCCUUAAAAAAAAAAACAACAAAAAAAAAACCAACAAAAAACCCCACUAAAUAACGUGGAAGGGGGAAAAAAAAACAAAACAAAACAAAACAAAAAAGCGCAAACAAAACCCCAGAAAUGGUUUCUUUUGUACUCGUGAUCUCUUGAAUAUCGUGUUCCUUUCCAAGAGGCGACUUGAUUGUAAAACCGCAUCUCUCACCGUACCCGGGGAAGAAGUGCCGUGCCAAAGUCCCGUCCCGCCCCGCGCUGUCCGCUGUUAGCUGGGUGCCGUGUGCUGUCGUAGUGCUUUGCCGUCCGCUCCCUUUAGUCCUGGUGGGAAGGUUGUGAGGAAAUCAGCGUCGUGCCGUAGGCUUCCCGUCCACCGCCCUCCUCCUGUAAAUACCCGUGACCGUAUUUAUCCAUUUGUAAUUAAAUUAUGGUAUUAACUUGCUACAGAGGAAACGGUAUUUAUAAAGAAUGUUUCUUAACUAUAAAUAUGUACAAUUGUGAGCAUAAACUGUUUCAGAUUUUUUUAUUUGGAGGUUUAAGUGGUUUCAUCCUUUCUCGUGAUAUGUUUGGAGAGUAAUGCGUACAGAACUAUAAUAAAACGUGUUGAAGCUGCA